AAGUUCGGUCGCAUGUCGAAGAAGCAGCGGGACAGUUUGUACGCUGAGGUUCAGAAACACCGGCUCCAGCAGCAGCAGCAGCAGCAGCAGCAGCAGGGACCCCUCCUCAUGUCCCACCCCAGCCUCAGCAGCCCGAGCCCCGGAGAGGCCGAGCCGCUCUCCCCCCAAUACGGCCUCUCCUCCAACGGCCUCACUGAGCUCCCUGAUGAGCUUGGGGGCUACAUGGAGCAGAACUCCCCUGAAGGAGGAUCAGUCUCAUCCAAGACGGACUCUGGAGGAGGAGGAGGAGGAGGAUUGUUCUACCUGGACAUCCUGCCCUCACCCGACCAAUCAGGACUGGAUAUUAACGGCAUUAAACCAGAACCACUGUGCGACUACGGAUCUGGAAACGGCUUCUUCCCGUACUGCUCCUUCACCGAUGGAGACACGUCGCCCAGUGUGUCCAUGACCGAACUGGAUCAUCUGGUUCAGAUCGUCUCCAGAUCUCACCUGGAGACGUGUCAGUACCUGAGGGAGGAGCUGCAGCAGAUGAGCUGGCAGAACUUCCUGCAGGACGAGGUGCAGCGUUACCAGAGCAAGCCGAGGGAGGUGAUGUGGCAGCUCUGCGCCCUAAAGAUCACCGAGGCGAUCCAGUACGUGGUGGAGUUCGCCAAGCGCAUCGACGGCUUCAUGGAUCUCUGCCAGAACGAUCAGAUCGUGCUGUUGAAAGCUGGAUCUCUGGAGGUCGUCUUCGUCCGGAUGUGUCGAGUGUUUGACUCGCUGAACAACGCCGUUUACUUCGAUGGGAAAUUUGCAGGUUCUGACGUCUUCCGAGCGUUAG